UUUCCCUCUGCUUCUCCGCUAGAACCCUAGCCGCCGCGCCAUCCCAAAGAAUCGGGAAAGGGAAGCGACGAUCUGCUCUGCCCCUCGGCGUCGAAUCCUCUCGCCUCCCCGGGAAACAACGAAGAGAGUUCAUCGGCGCCGCUCCGGCGGGAUGGGGAAGGCGAAGCGGGCGUCCAUCUUCAUCAGGCUCGUGUCGGCCGCCGGCACGGGGUUCUUCUACGUGAAGCGCAAGAACCCUCGCCGGAUCACGGAGAAGCUCGAGUUCAGGAAGUACGACCCCCGCGUCAACAAGCACGUCCUCUUCACGGAGGCCAAGAUGAAGUGAUUGAUCUUCGCCGCAGGCCCGCCCGGAAGCUGAAUAACGCCGUCGAGCUCCUGGAAUCAUUGAGCCGGGGUCGAGACGGAUGCAUCUGUCCAUGUUCUUCUUUCUUCGUUUUCUGUACCGUCGCUGGGCCAAGCUGCAGUGCGGUGCUGUUCGCCUGUUCUUUCGUGCUGCUAGUCUAGGUCCGAUGUAUCCCCAUGGAGCUACUGUGCUCACUCUCUGUGUGUUCCUAGCCCCAUGCCGACAGAUAUGACAAUUCGCCUGUUUGUGUAACAUCUUGGUCCAAACGACACAGGUGACUGUUUGACAUUUGUGAUCACUUGUUGGUGAGGGUGCUCACUUGGUCUGAGGUUGUCUCGUACUGCAGAUUACUAAUGAAUGCUUGUAUCACUGUUCUGUUCUUACAUUUUUUUUGUGGAAUUAAUUCUUGCCUUCUGGAAAUUAUAUGAGUUGGUCAGUAGCAGUAUAUCAGGAA